UGCGAGUACUCGCCAAGUUAUUGCGGCUUUCUGUUUCCUCAAUAAACGUGGAUAUAAUGUUUUCCUACGAGGCAGCUAUUUUUGGAGGCCUACUCUACUCGCUCGUCCUUACUGCCCAUACGAAUGCCUUUGACGUCACUGAUAAGAGGGUGGAGCACAUAACUCUCACCGAUAAGGACAUUGUAUCGAAGGAACAAUUGGACUUAAAAUUAAAAAACGGCAAAAGAGACUACAAAUUUAUUGGUGAUUUGGAAAUUGGCGAUCGCCAUGCAGAUGAAACAGUUUUCCGACGAUCGGUUGAAAUAUCCAAUCCCACCGACGAAGUCUACAAUACUGCAAUAACGCUGAAUGUCGAAAGAGGAACAAUUCACUAUUUGAGCGUAUCGAAUGAAAGGAACAGCUAUGCCGUAGCAUGCGAUGAGCCCUACAGUCUGGGAACAUCAAGAACCAGCUUCAAUGUUCGAGUUCCACCAAACACUCAAUCGCAACUUUGGCUUCUCGUAGCUGCGCAUUGAUCAUUUGAUUAUUGUGAUGUGUACGCACGUGCAAUAUCAACGAUAUAACGCGACAUUAAAUAACAAUAAUGUAAAGACAAUUAUUUUCUCUAAAUUAAUUGAGUUAUCAGGCACCAUGCACAAAUAUAAAUUAUUAGAGAAUAAAUAGUAAUACAAUUAAGAUUCAUAAUAUGCCCUUUUAGUCUUAUUAAU